AUGGCCGCCAGCAAGCGCCAACGCGACGACCACGACGCCCGCCCGUCCUCCAACAAGAAGUUGCGCAGCGACAAUGCCCCGCGCAAAGGCUUCUCCGUCGGCCCCGCCAAUCUACCUGACGGAACCUACAAACGCAAGGUCAAGAAAAUCAAGAAGGACCUGAUCUACAAGGCCAAGGUCAGGAAGCGCUACGCAAAGAUUCGCGAGAACGAGCUGCGCCAGGCCCAGAAGGCCGCCAACCAGACCGAGAACCACAACGACGAGAAAGCAGAGGGAGCAAAAGACGACAAAGCACAAGAAGAAGAAAACGACAAGUCGCCCGCCCCGGAACCCACCCUCGACCCGCAUCCCGAGCGCCAGGCCCUGCUGGACGAGCCCGAGCCGUCGCCCGAGCCCGAAGCGAAGCCCGCCCGCAAAGAACGCGGCCCGCGCGAGAAAAGGAAGAAGCCCAAGACCUUCGGCAAGGAGGCUGCCAUCGGACAGAAGCGCAAGGAAGAGGCCGAGGCCCGCAGGAAAGCGCAGGAAGAAGCUGAGCGCGAGCGCCAGGAAAAAAUAGCCCAGCGGGAGCGCAUGAGGAAACAGAUGGCGAAGGCCCGUGCGACUGGCAAGGAUGGCAAGAGGAGGCUGGGAAGGGAAGCCCCUGUGCUGCUGGAACGCGUGAAGAAGCUCGUCGGGGAUGCGUAG